AUGAAUGCACUUAAAACUAGGGCAUGGACCAUAACUAGAUUAACCAGCAGGAAAACCAAUAAUGGUCUUUUUGUGCAUACUAGUAAAAGGCUUUUGAGAACAAUGAAGCCUCAACCUAAGGGCCAAUACAGGCUGUAUCCAAAGGCAAAAUUGUUGAAUUACGAUACUACUAAGAAAGCAUCGCUUAUUACUGGGGCUUCAUCUCUUGUUUUAUUUCUUUCUCAUUUGUUGUUUGAAGUAGAGGAGGAAAAGAAUGGCAGCGUUUCUGUGAAGGAAGUAAUGUCUCAUAACAAAAUCAAUGAUUGCUGGAUAGUUAUUGAUGGUAAUGUGUACGAUGUCACAUUGUUCUUAUCACAGCAUCCUGGAGGUGUGGCCAGAAUUAUGGAAUUUGCUGGUAAAGAUGCAACUGCAAAAUUUCACCAAAUGCAUUCUUCUGCUACUUUGGAAAAGAUGAAGGAUCAUUUGAUAUACAUUGGAAAACUGUCAGGCGCUUUUGAGAAUGAGCUUUCUGAGGAAGAGAUAAGGAUUAUGGAACAAAAGGCCAAAAUUCCUCCCUUAAGUAAAAUAUUCUGCCUCUCCGAUUUUGAAGGGGUGGCUAAGAAGGUAUUGCCAAAGUCUACUUUCUUUUAUUAUGCAACUGGUUCUUCUGAUGAAUAUACACUUAGAGAGAAUCAUUACGCUUACUCGAGAGUAUUCUUUAGACCUAAGAUAUUACAAGAUAUAGAAGAAGUCACUACGGAAACGGAGUUUUUGGGUACGAAGGUAAAUUUGCCAAUUUACAUAACGGCUUUCGCCGGUUCUAAGUUGGCACACCCUUUGGGGGAGCUUAAUCUACAAGCAGCUGCAUAUAAGGCCAACGUAAUGCAAAUGGUCCCCAAACAGAACUCUUACACCUAUGAAGAGUUCUUUUCACGCGUCCCUGACGACCAAAAUCAAUGGUUACAAUUCCAUUUCGACACACAGGAAGAACUAGAUAACCUAGAUAAUUGGGUGAAAAAGGCAGGUACUCUACCCAGUGUGAAGGGCCUUUUCCUUAACGUAGACCUUGCAGAUAUUGGAAACAGAGAGAAAGACUCUCGCCAAAGGGCAGCUACUGCUGGGAGUGAGUACUUAGAUGAAAUGACGGAUAACAAAUUUGGCAGCCAUCCAAAGAUCACAUGGAGAACCAUCGAAAACGUCAUCAAAAAUACCAACUUACCCGUGGCCUUGAAAGGAGUUCAACGUGGAGAAGAUGUUGUCCUUGCCGCACAAAAAGGCGUUAAAGCUGUAAUUCUAUCAAACCAUGGGGGCAGACAACUUGAUUUCUCAAGACCCCCACUGGAAGUUUUAGUAGAGGCCAAACAAAUGUUAAAAGAGAAGAAACUGGAUGACAAAAUUGAAAUAUAUCUCGAUGGUGGAGUUCGCAGAGGUUCAGAUAUUAUAAAGGCUUUAUGCUUGGGAGCCAAAGGGGUUGGGCUAGGUCGCCCAUUUCUAUAUGCAAUGGCUGGCUACGGAGAAGAUGGUGUUUCUCAUCUAAUCAACAUUCUACAAGCCGAAAUUGAAAAUAACAUGAGGUUAUUGGGAGUUGAUAAAAUUGAAGAUCUUAACGAAACAUUAGUUGAUUGUAAGAGUCUCAGCUUUAAAAAUCCAAGAAUUAAUGAUUCCUUAUAUGAUGAGGCUUAUGAGCCAUUGCAAUUUCCUAAAUUUCAGUAA